CAUAAAUAGAGAAGGGGAAACGCCAACAAUCGCUAGCUCAUGGAAACGUGCUCUUGUUUUUCUUUCUUGCGUUCUUUCUAUUUUUAUAACUGAGCUGUGGCGCGAAACAAACUGUCACUCGAGUCUAUUAAUAAUUAUGUAAAGAACUUUACCUCACUGUCCAGGCACUAUAAUGAAUUGUCAGCUCGGGCGUUAAGUGCAAUUCAGCGAAAUUGUGAAUGAAACUUCGAUGGUUUUGAUGGGGUGACCGAGUGGACGGGGAGAGAGAAAAAAAGAGAGAGAAAUGAAAUGUGAAGGCUGUGAGAAUAAUGAAGAAAGCGGACUGGGUAUUCAUUAAGGACAGCAGUGUGGAUUAAAGAGCGCUUGGACAGAGCUGAAGAUACUGAGAAGGCCACAGGCAUGACAGCAGCCUCUUGGGACGUGGAUUUAGCUCGGUCCAAUCGUUCUCUGUUCAACCUGAGCAGUAGCUUCAGCAGCACCGAGACCUUCCUGUGGCUGCUGCCCUCGCAGAACAGCACCGAGGUGACCACCCUGCAGCCGGGCACAGCCAGGGUACGGGACCAGGCUCUAGCAAAGGCUGAGAUCGGAGUGCUUAGCCUGGUGCUGGCUCUUACCACACUGGGCAACACCUUUGUCCUGUGGGUGCUGCUGCGCAGGAGAAAGCACCACGCACCAAUGCACCUAUUCAUGAUCAACCUGUGUGUGGCUGAUCUCGUUGUGGCCUUCUUCCAGGUGCUGCCACAGCUGCUGUGGGAUAUCACGGAACGCUUCCAGGGCCCAGAUGCUCUGUGCCGCUUUGUCAAGUACUUGCAGAUUGUGGGCAUGUUUGCUUCCUCGUACAUGAUUGUGGCCAUGACAGUGGACCGCCACUAUGCCAUCUGCUGCCCUCUGCAAGCGUAUCGUGGAGGCAAACCUUCAUGCUGGAACACACCCAUCAUGUUGGCCUGGGUCCUGGCCCUGGUGCUUAGUUUACCACAGGUGUUUAUUUUCUCACGGACUGAAGUCCUGCCAGGAGAAUUUGAGUGCUGGGGGCACUUCAUUGAGCCGUGGGGUCUCAAAGCCUAUGUCACCUGGAUGACUAUAGUUGUGUUCAUUCUACCAGCUAUGAUCAUUACAGUCUGUCAGGUGCGUAUCUUUAGAGAGAUCCAUGACAAUAUCUACCUGAAGUCGGAGAGAAUGGUGACAGCGGAGUUUAAGAGGAACUCUGUGGUCUUCCAUUUCCCUCAGAAAGGAGGACAUCAUGGGAGGUCUGGAAGAGACAGAGACUCACACAGCAGCCAUAAUCAUCAAAUUGACAUCCAUGGAUGUCGUUACUGUAACUCCGCCCCUACAGACCAUCGAAAUUCAUAUGAUGGUCUCUCAAGCCCUGAGCUCUUUGGAAACUCCACAUACAACCCCUGUGAUUCCUGUGAUCCCUGUUCCGUGCCCCUCCCAUCCACAGAAAUCUCCACAUCAACCAAUCCGCCUUUAGAGAAAUUCACUCCUGACUCGUCUAAUCUAUUUCACCCACGUGCCCUGACAGCAUGUGCUCAGUCCAGAGCCUCAUCCUCACUGGCUGGCCAACUUUCAGGAACUCCUGAACUCUGGCCAGAUGUGUUACCUGAUCCUCCCCCUCCACCACCCCCUGGCAUUUCUAAGGCCAUGUCAAAGACAGUGAGGAUGACUUUAGUCAUAGUGUUGGUCUACACUAUCUGCUGGGCUCCUUUCUUCAUUGUCCAGCUGUGGGCAGCCUGGGACCCGAACCCUCCAGACCAAGGAGUAGCAUUCACCAUCCUGAUGCUGCUGGCGAGCUUGAACUCAUGCACAAAUCCCUGGAUCUACACAGCUUUUUCCAGUAGUGUGUCACGCGAGCUGCUCGCUCUGCUGCGCUGCUACGUGCCCAGUCCACGUCGUGGUUCGCUGCCCGACGACUCCACCACCACGCACACCUCAACCACCACCAAGGACAGUAUCUACUGACAUGCACACAUGAACAAACAUGAAUAAACCGCCAGACUGAAAUUCAUCAAGUGUACCAGUGCUCACAAUGCUUACACGGUUUAGAAUUAGCUAUACGUAAAAGGGCAAUGCCCCACAGGAAGCAGCAAACACCAUAAUACAGGUACACCAUAUGUACAGUAAUGUGAAUAUAAGCAGUGGAAAAGACUCUUGUGUACACUUGUGUGUGAAUGUAUGUAUGUGUUUGUGAGUGUGUUGGGACACUCCAGAAUAAGCUGUGAGAAUGUGAGACGUUGCCAGGUGGCUGGACAUCCAGACUGGUAGAGGACCAGCCAAUGAGCAGAUGCCACUGUUUGGAACGUAACAGUGGUUGAGAAUAUUGUGGAUGCAGACGCCUCCGACAUUGCAGAAUGGAUCAUUUCAGGAUUCUGUUACUAAAUUUGAAUUACGUCAGUAUUACUUUGAAAGAAAUACUGGAAGGUGUCGGGGGGGAGCAUAGAGCUGAACACUAGAGCUUGUCAUUACUGCAGUGAGAGAUGAGGAUCUUUAGAAAACUAAAAAUCGGAGAAUUACAGACUUUUAAAGAGGUGGACAUUGUUAUUUGAAACAUUGUCCUACGUCUAUUCUUUCUGGCCUGCCAGGGACAUUUCUGGUAGAAAUGGUUAAAUGCACCUGUUAACCACUUGUUUCCUUGGUGGAUACUGAUAACAAAGAUGUAAUUUCUCGACUGUGACUCUAACCCCCUACUUCACAAUUGUCCUCUGGAUUCAAAAUGCUAUGUAAAUACUGGAAACUGUUUCUCUUUCCUUUAACACUGCAGGGUCACAGCAGGAAGUGACGGGUGCACCUGAAAUGGAUUCCCUAGGAAGGUAAAAAGGAACAACAUUAGGCAGAAAGCUCGGCUGCUCAGUUCCCUCAAACAGGAAGACUGAGUGCCUUUAUCAUGUUAGAAUGAUGAGGAGUUGGCAGCUGGCAUGAGACAAAUGCAAGAGCUUCAGUGCAAUGGCACAAUGAAGUGCAGCACUUGGAGGAACUUAUUACAGCUGCCUAGCAUACAGAGACACACUCAUAUAUGACUGAUUCUCAUUCUGAAAGUGCUGACAGCCUGCCGUCAGAGUGUUCUGAAGAUUAGAGUGCAGUGCCGGAGUGCGGCUCAGCAGCAGAGAAUACACUGCUGUCCGAAGCGAAACUGACAUAGGGAUUUUCCACUCAAUGUAACAUUUUGUAUUAAAAUUUUGUAGCAUAAUCACCCAAACAAGCUACAAAGUUUUCCCUAUAAUGUCUCAGCUUCAAAAUUGCAUUGAAGCUGCAGCCCAAGAAAAAUGCAGAGUGGUUGCAAUAGGAGUGGAAUGGUUGAUAUUAAUAACCCAGACAUGGUAGUCUCCUGAAUGUUAGAGGCUGAUGAAGCCUUGCGCAUAAAUCAGCAUGACUAAAUCAAGGGCCGCCAGGCCACCUGAGUCCCAGAAUUUGAAUGGCCAGAGGACAAGCAUGAUGUAGCUUAGAGACCUUUUUAUGGCCUACUCACAUAGUUUUAUGAUCAUGGUUUUCAGGUGAUGAUUAUUGCUGUUGGUACUCAUCAAGGAAAAGAGCAAAUGGGAUUUUUCCACACGUUCUCAAGGAAACCAGCCUGGUGCUUCUCCACCAAUUGUAAAACCACAGUUACAUAUUACACAGGUUUUAGCAAAGUACAUACCGCCAAUGACAUGGAGCACAGGAAAAAAAAUCAAUAAAAGCACAGCAGAGUCCCUCCAUUUACAAUCACUUGUGUGGGCACAAGGCCAAGGUGAAUCCUGUAACAGUACUAAGGUACAACGCAGUGUGGUUAAAAAAACAAAUGCUGGUUCAGCCUUCUUCUAAAUUGAUGCGGCCAGUAUACUGUUACUUUAUAGUAUAUUAAUACGUUUUAUUUUGCAGCAUUUUGCAUAGGAUUUAAACAUGUACACUCCGAAAAUUAAGCAAAACCCACCCAGUUUUACACUUAUAACAGUAAGAAUAAAUAUAGCUUUUUGCAAUUAUGAAUUUCUAUGGACAGUGUAACUUUUUGUAUCCUGGUGUAUAAUCUAAAAUCUCCAUAUUAUAUGCCAGUUGUACUGCAAAGAAUAAUGGGAAAAAAAUGUAUCUUUUACCACAGUUUCAUCUCUACCUCCAGCCUGUUUCUGUUCUCACAAAUGUGUCUUAUGGUUGUAAUGAGGGGACCAUUUAUAUCAGAAAUUCUAAAGUUAUAGAAUAACUUAUUUGUAUAAAAUAUGUUACGAAUGUACUAAUUUAACAGUAUGUUGAAGGAUGGAAAAUAUACAUAGGUUAAUAUAUCAUACUGACAAACUCUUACCUCUGCAAGGUGCCCAUAUCAUAUGUUUCCAUUUCUUUCCUCCAGUUUGUAGCAUUAUUAUUGUCACUAUAUAAUACAUUUUGCAUCUCUGCCCCUCAAAUGAUGUAAGAUCAAAACUUCAGUUAAUGAUUAGUUAUAGUGACUAAUAUUUUUAUCUGACUUAUAGGAAGUCUACAAUGAUGUACAGAUGACCUUUGUCAGUAUUUUGUUGAGAUCCUGAACUACUCAGUAUGAGCUAGUAAAGUUAUUGUGCAAUCUAACAGCUAUUAAAGAAGCUUUUGUGUCUGUAUUUCGAACAUAUAUACAGGAUUUUUAUAAGUAUAAUCAUAAACUUGUUCUUUUUUCACAGAAAUACAUUUUAUUUAAAAUACGUGCUUAUGUAUGGUAUCUGCAUUAUGCUAAAUAUUGUAAUAAAUGUUUUAAAUACCUA